AUGAAGGUGCACGUUAAGACGGAGUUUCGGAGAAUUCCGGAAAAAUCGCGAAAAAAAAAGACAAGAAUUUCUUUUUUAUUAAUCCCCAAAAUUAAUAUUUUAUAUAAACUACCUCUUGAAAUUCUUCAAAUAAUUUUGUAUUCUUUAAUUUUCUUAACUUCAAUUAUUUUUAUAAAUAUAAUUCACCCAUUAGCUAUAGGAUUAACACUUUUAAUUCAAACAAUUUUAAUUUCUUUAAUUACAGGACUUAUGACAAAAACAUUGUGAUUCUCAUAUAUUUUAUUUUUAAUAUUUCUAGGGGGUAUAUUAGUCUUAUUUAUUUACGUCACAUCUUUAGCUUCUAAUGAAAUAUUUAAUCUAUUAAUUAAAUUAACUAUAAUUUCAAUUUCUUUAUUUUUUAUAUCUUUAAUUUUAAUUUUUUUUUUUAAUUCAAUUAGAUUUUUUUUAUUAAAUAACGAAAUAGAAUCAAUUUUAUCAAAUUAUUCUUCUUUUUUAGAAAAUUCAUUAUCAUUAAAUAAACUUUAUAACUUCCCUACUAACUUAAUUACAAUUCUUUUAAUAAAUUAUUUAUUUAUUACUUUGAUUGUCAUUGUAAAAAUUACUAAAAUAUUCAAGGGACCAUUACGAAUUAUAAAUUAAUGAACAAACCUUUACGAGCCUCCUACCCUUUAUUUAAAAUUGCUAACAAUGCUUUAGUUGAUCUCUCUGCACCUAUUAAUAUUUCAAGAUGAUGAAAUUUUGGAUCUUUACUAGGAUUAUGUUUAAUUAUCCAAAUUUUAACUGGAUUGUUUUUAGCUAUACAUUACACCGCAGAUGUAAAUUUAGCUUUUAA